AUGAUUGAAAUCGCCCAGCCAUCACGCCCAGAGGGCGCUUACAAGGUUGACUUCUCGUCUUGUAAUUUGAAACCAGACAAUACUCAUGUGGGAGAUGUUUCAGUCGAGGUACCUGUUCUCAUCGCAGGUGGUGGUCCGACUGGUCUGUUCACAGCAUACAUGUUGUCUAAACAUGGUGUAAAAUCGCUUCUCAUUGAGAAGUAUCCUGAACGGUUGGCUGCACCUAAAGCCCAUGCAUUGAGCCCAAGAACCCUUGAGAUAUGUAGACAAUAUGGACUUGACACAAGAACGAUACGUCAAUUGGGGUCGCCUCGUGAUGAUGCCUACUGGGUCAAUUUCUUGACGAAUCUUACGGGCGAGAAGAUUGGAGUCCUCCCGUAUGAACGAAUGGACGCUGGUGUCCUAGAGAGUACACCUGAGAUGAUCCACAAUAUCCCACAGCCUGAUUUUGAGAAAUUCGUUGCAGAACAUCUAGAAAAUGAUCCAAAUGUUGAGAUUCGAAAAGGCGUUGGUUUCAUUUCGUGUGAGCAGCGAGGCGAUAAAGUGACGACCGUGGUUGAAGAGCGUUCCACGAAGCGUCGUUGGACAGUCACCUCCAGGCACGUUAUUGGCUGUGAUGGAGCGAAGAGCCAAGUCCGACGUUUUCUGGGGAUUGAGACUGAGGGAGAAGAUGGAUACGAGACAAUGAUGACAAUACAUUUCAAUGCAAAUCUUCGACCAGUUGUGAAGAAUGGCGUAGGCAUGCUGCAUUGGAUCGCCGACCCUGCUUGCUCCGGUUUUAUCAUUGCAUAUGACAUAGAUGGAAACCAGGUUCUGAUUAGCAAUUUUGAUUCAAAAAGACAUCCCGUGGAAACGUGGACAGAAGAACUCGCACAUGCCACAGUGUCGGCUGCGAUAGGACAAGAUAUACCGAUCCAGAUUAAGAGUUUUAGACCGUGGGUGUUGAGCCGCAAGGUGGCCAAGGAAUAUCGUCACGGAAACGUGUUCUUGGUCGGCGACGCCGCACAUUCAUUCCCUCCAACCGGUGGUUUGGGCCUCAACUCUGGCCUGGCUGACGCCCACAACCUUGCCUACAAGGUCGCCGCCGUACACCAGGGCUGGGCAAAUCCACGUAUUCUCGACACAUAUGAGACUGACAGACGACCCAUUGCCGUCAUUGCGGCAGCUCAGAGUGUCAAGAAUGGGAAGUCUAUCUUUUCUUUCCUCAAGGCCAUCGGGACGGCAGAUGUUGAAGACCUCAACGAGGCCCGGAAACGGAUGUAUGAAGCCAUUCACGACCCGGCCAAGCAGGACUUGAUCGCCGAGAAGGUCGAGGGACAACGUGAACAUUUUGACAAUCUCGAGAUUCACAUUGGGUAUGUGUACGGGGAUACAAAGCCACCGGCGAAUGCUUCCGACUUUACGCCAAAGUUCCAGGCCGGCGCCAGGUUGCCACAUGCUUGGAUCAAGUUCACGGAACCGAAUGACCAACGGAAGGUCCCGCACCAACCCAUCGACACAUCGUAUGUGAAAGAGCUUUCGAAUGAGCAAGUCGAGGCCCAGCGCUAUUCCACACUCGACCUGGCGAAUGCAGGCACAUUUUCUCUUAUUGUACCAUGUCGAACAACUUGGAUCCAACGGUUUGAAGAAUGCAAAGAGGCUCUGAAGGAGAAAUUGAGUUCCCGCUUCAUGCUGUGGGGUGCAGACGUCGACUUCCAAUUCGCGUCUGACAGUCACAGGGAACUGUACGAUACGAAGGGUGGAUUCUCGGAGGGAAGUGCAAUUCUGGUUAGACCAGACCAGCAUAUCUUGGGUUGCAUCAGCCCAGUUGCUUCCGCGAGUGACAUCAUCGCCCUCAUUGCAGACCAUGUCGAUUCACAGCAUUAG